CAACGCCAAUUGUAAUAAGACAGAUGUCGGUUGUUUUGUUUUAUCUUUAUUAUUACAAUUCCAUUAUUGAGGGGUUUGGUUUUUUUGUUUCUUCUAAUUAAUUAAUUAAAAAAAAAAUUAUAUUAAAAUUAAAAUACAACUGAAAAGAAAAAAAUAAAAUAGCAAAAUUAUGGCAUAAAAAAUUUAUAAAAGACAAUGCUAAUUUUUUUAAAUAAAUAAAAAAUUAUAAUUAUUUUUUAAUUCAAAAAUAUAAAAUAUUCAAAACAAAAAAAAAGAAGAAAAAAAAAUUAUUGAAUUGUUAAUUAUUAAUGAAAAAUAAUUAAUAAUAAAAAUUUUAUUAUACUAAAUUAAAAAAAUAAGUGAUGUAAUUUUGUCAUAAAAAAACAAAAAAAAAAGUGUACUGGACUUAAUCAUAAAUAAAAAAUUCAAAAUUAAUAAUUUUUAAAUAAAUUAAAAGUAAAAAGAGAAAUUGUGUUAUAGUUUUAUUUUAAUUAAAUUUUGAAAACUUAAUUUUAGUGAUUAUUUAUUAACAUAUUAAUUUUUAAACAAUAAAUUAAUGAAAUAAAAUAAAUUAAUUUUAAACUUAAAAAAUAAAUGGUUUCAAGUUUUAAUUUAAAUUUUAAAUAUAUAUAAAAAUUAAUUUUAAUUAUAAAAAUUCAUGUAUUAGUGCUUAAAAAACAAUACUUUAAAGAAAAUAUCUAGUUUAAAUUUUGCGGGCAAAAUAAGAUAAUUUAGGUGCGGAAAGUUUAACACUUCUUCUGACAAAAUUAAAACAAAAAAAAAAGCAGAGAACAUAAAAAACAAGGACAAAAACAUUAAAAAUAGAGGUGUAAAACUGUAAAAAUUCUUUACAUAAAAUAUUUAUGCAUACAUUUACAAAAUAUAAGAAAGGAUAUAUAAUCAACAUUUACAUAUACAUACAUAAAUCAGUAUAAAUGUGUAUAUUAUAUGAAUAAUAGGUAUACAUACAUAAAUACAUAAAUUAUAAAAAAUAGGAAAUGUGAUUUCCAUUGGCUGCUUAAUCAUUAAAAAUUAUUGUGAAUUUAAUUAAAUAAAAUAUGAAAAAGGACAUUAUUUGAAUAUUAUAAAAUUGAAAAUAAUCUGGGAUUUUUGUAACAUUUGAAAUAUUAAAUUUUGAAAAUUGCAAGAGAGAAACUAGGUGGAGAGAGACAGGAAGAGAGAAAAAUAAAGAGAAUCAAAGAGUUUUUAUCGUGAAAUUAUAAAAACAAAAUCUUAAAAUAAAAAAAAAAUUAAAAAUAAAAAAUAUAAAAAAUAUUUAACGCUUCAUUUCUCUAAGCGUUAAUAAAACUGUGUACACAAAAUAGACAUAUAUAUAAAUAAAAGUACGUAAUUUUUUCUAUCUUAAAAGUUAAAAAUAAAUUUUGCAGUUGUGGAUCUGAUAACAGAAAAUAGUUUAAACAAUAUUGUUGUUAAACUGGAAGGAAUUUCAGACGAGUCGGGAUGCGAAUCUGACAUGGCGGAGGGUAUUGAAGAGACAGAAAAUAAUAGUAGUAGUGCCGAUACCCCUGCUAUGUUAGGAACAGUAAUACCAUGUGAGGCUAUAACAGCUGCCUUAGGCGGUAUGAAACGUGAAUUUGAUUCAAUUAGUAAUAGUAGUGGUAUUGAUACUGGUGGUGGCGGCGGCGGUAGCAUGGGAAUUAGCGGUAGCGGUUCCGGAAAUCUUGGUAUUGGCCUUAUAACACGUGAAAAUGAUGGUCGAAUAUCAUCACCAUCAUCUAUGAUACAUAAUAAAGAUGGCACUAUUUCACCAAUAUCAAUGUCAAUUGAUACAACAUCUAUAUCAAAAUCAAUGAAUGCUGCUAAUAUGCCAACACCAACAUCUUUAAAUAAUAGUAGUAAUAAUAAUAUUAACAGUAAUAUUAAUACAAUAUCAUCGUCAUCAUCAUCAACAACAAUAGGUACAAGUAAUAAAGUAAGAUCUUCAAUAUCACCGCAACCCCCACCAUUAUCAACAGCAACAUCAAUAGCAUUAUCAACAACAUCAUUGUCAUCAGCGUCUUCAUCAUCAUCAUCAUCUUCGUCAUCAUUAUCGUUAUCAGUAACAACAGCACCUGGAGUAGGAACAGCAUCAUCAACAUCAGGAAAUGUACAUCAUCAAAUACAGCAACAUCAUCCAAUAAAUCUUAAAUCAGAGGUAAGUCACAAUUUCUUUACUUAAAUUUUAUUUUCUGUUUUCAUUUAAAUUUUAUUGCCUGAAUUGAAAAAAAUGAAAACAAUAUCACAUAUAAAUAUGUGCAUAUUUUUUCUUAAAACAAAGUUAAUAAAAGGUAACACGUUGUUCAAAAGAGAAAAAGAAAUACGUUUGUACGUUUACUAUAGGUUGAUUUGUAAAGUAAUUCUAAAAAAAAAAAGAAUCUAAUACAAAUUAUAAGCUAAAGUACAAGAAUUACAUAUACAAUUUUAACAAGAAAAGUAUUUUGAAAAACGUGUUGCUUAUUACAUAAGUAUUUCAAACGAAUCAUUGCACAAAUGGAAGCAAACUAUCUGUUCCAAACAAAUAAAUACAUAAGUACAUUCAUAGUUAGAGCUAUCAUUGAAAGGGAGUUGAGUAUAGAAAUAAAAUAAAAAUAAUAUUUUCUUUAUUGGAAUAACUGAACACAACUAAAAAUUGAAGCAUUACCGCGAUCAUCACCAAAACAUUCUUUGAAUACCAGUUAACAUUACGCAUUUUAAUGUAAAUCGAUUUCUUGUUAAGAGGCGCUGACUGAACUUAAGAUAAAUUAAUAAAAGUAUAAGAAAGAAAAACGAAAAUUAAAAAUAAUUUCUCCCUGUUUCAGGAUUUUGAAGAUACAAUCUCUUUUGCUUUUAAUUUUCUCUCUCCAUCUCACUGCCUCUUUGUUCUGCAAUGUUUCAUUUACUGUUCCUUUAAUUCCAUUUACAUACUUUAUGUCGACUUUAGCAUAAUCUAGCU